GAGGAAGGGUCCGUAGCCCUUCUGGCUCAAGUCUUCGCAUAGACGACUCGGUCAGUCCAACCCGCCAAUCCGUACAUAAUUUCCUUGUUCCCCGGAAAGGGGUCCUUCCGAGCGCCCUCGGCGUCCUGCCGAGUCUGAGCAUGGGACAGCCAGACAUCGACCUGAGCAUUGAUCAGGAGCCAGUGCCCAAAGCACAUUGGUGCAGAAUGAAGGCAGUUAUCGCGGCCAUGUUCAUGGUGCUUGUUGGCGCAGCUCUUGGUGUGGGCAUGACGAUCAUGAUUAUGAGUUUGGAGAACGAAGAUGUCGACUGCCAGACCGCAUGCCCCGCGUCGACCGACUCUGGCUCGUACACCGCUUGCUGGAAGCCCAUGCUCGAGAUCAAUGAGUACGGCUUCCCGUUCUUGCAGCAGCAUGUGGCCACCUUCCUCCAGAAUGCUACGGAUUCCAUGCUCGCAAUGAGUUCGUUGCCGCCGAUGGGCCGCGUGUCGCCGCCAGCUUACGACUACGCUGCGGACGCCCGCGAGGUCGCCCGCGUGAUGUCGACUAUCGUGACACAGGCGCAAAAAGACGAGGUGAAGUUCUUCGACAGCAAACUAGACGUUGCUCUCGCCAUCAUCGGGACGCUUCUGCUCGGAUACGGGCUGCCCAUCGAAGAGAUCGUGCUGCACUCCAUCGGCGAAACCAGCGCGGUGCACGAUGCAGGGAUUGCUAUGUGGAAGAGCAAGCUACUGCACUCAAGGAUUAGGCCGACCUCUGUGGUGCAGAGGCUUUUCCCUGAUGAGACCUUGACUAUCAACGAUGGCGUCGAGAUCCUUGGCAAGCGCUUCCAAGCGCUCCUCCGUGUGAUGCCGCACUCGGAGUUUCCUUCUGGCUCAUCUUGCAUGUGCCAGGCAAUCGAUGAGUACAUCACUGACUUGUGGCCAGCACUGUCACUGCACUCCAUGGGCGCGCCAGUGACGUUCGACGCGGAGGUCACCCACGUCGUCUUACCAAAUCCAUCGAUGGCAAGCGUUCCCCUGACUGGCACUGCCAACCCGGCAGCUGAGGGCUAUACCUCGCGGACCCUCAAUGAACGCUGCGGCGAAUCUCGGCUCGAGGGCGGCAUGCACUUCAAUGCCUCUGUGCCAGCGGGCCGCGAGCUUUGCUCCGGCAUCGGCGCGAAGGCCGCGCAGACCACAAAGUUGCUCGCGCCUUUGCCUGCGGCAAGCAGUGCUACACUUCGCUCCGUCAUCGCCUCGACGCCGCCAUGCGCAGCGGACUGCUGUGCAGACAGCGCCCCGUGCACCCAGGCCGAACAGGCCGCGUGCGCCUCGAAUUGCACCGGCGCCUGGAGCCUCCCGUGGUUCGACGUCGUGGACGUGCGCGUGAAAGCCUUCGGCCUUCCUGACCGGGAGAUUGCCACCAGCACAGCCGCUCCAUUUUUCCAGGCCGACCGCAACCACCUCGUAGUAGUAGGCCUCUUCGGCGCAGUUGUGCCCGCCAUCCAACGUCACGAGACUAUAUCUUUCAGCUCCGGUUCACGAACACGAUUGACAAUUUGGUUUGGAAUUCGAUUGCAGCAAAUUCGGAGGCACUCUUGGCACUGAAUUUCGGCCAGAGCAGAGUUCCCGCAGAGCCGACCAUCCGCUCUGGAGUCAGCACUUCUGACGCAAGGGUUGUCACAAGCGUGCAUGCCGUAGCGGCCGCGCUGCCUCUGCUGCUCCCACAGUCGAUCGAGGAUUUCCAGCAAAGCCUGGGUUUCUUGGUCUUGUCUCCAACGAUUGGGAUCGAUGACAGUUUGGUGGGAGCAUGCGGCCACGUUGCUGACGCUCAGGUGUUCGACCGUGGUUGCAUCUCGACGUGGUAUGAGUCUGAUCCUAAACCUUCCCGCCUUGGCCAGACCAUUGCGUACGAGCUCAUGUUCCACAAAACGCGCGAUGGCUGGAAUUCUCUCGGCACCGACGGCUGCGAUGUUGGCGAGCACUUCUGCUUCAGCUUCUCGGACACGCGUGGCUGGGACCCCGAGAGCGGACCUUGCGCCAGCGAGUUUGUACAAUAAAGGCGCUGUUUUAUAGUUGCACCAGCACGUUUAUGAGUUUAAUUUAUAAUCUUUAUUUGUUGGUGUAAUAUCCAAUGUUGGCCUUGCUCUGAUGGUGCAGGGUGCACUCCUGCGUUUGCGAUGCACGAAAAAAGAGGGCCCCCAGAAGGGGGCUCCAAGACGGCCCAAGAGCGCCC